UAUAUCGGCGCAUAUAUGCAAUUUGGGCAGCAUGUGAUGUGUCAGGUCCCCGAGGGGUUUGGGCGUCAUUUCGGACACUCGCAAGUUGGCCUUCUCAAGUUGCACGCGAUCAAACUCAAACGGCAUCUCCGCCUCCUCGCGUUCUCCCCGACGGUCAUGGCGGAGUCACACCUCCAGGAAGAAGAGCACCUCGACGUCCUCACAAGAACCGGAGAGAAGACCGGCGUCUCGAAACUCAGGAGCCUGGUUCACCAGGACGGAGACUACCAUCGCGCCGUCCACGUCUGGAUCUACUCGGAGAGCACGCACGAGCUGCUCGUGCAGAAGCGCGCCGAUUGCAAGGAUUCCUGGCCUGGGCAGUGGGACAUCUCCAGUGCCGGUCAUAUCUCGGCUGGAGAUUCCUCGCUCCUUAGCGCUAGGAGGGAACUCUAUGAAGAGCUUGGCAUAGACCUUCCAAAAGAUGCAUUCGAGUUGUUGUUUGUUUUUCUUCAGGAGUGUGUUAUAAAUAAUGGCAACUAUAUCAAUAAUGAGUUCAAUGAUGUGUACCUUGUGACAACUUUGAGCCCUAUUCCCAUGGAGGCCUUCACUCUUCAGGAAUCAGAAGUUUCUUCUGUCAAGUACAUACAUUGGAAAGACUAUAAAAAUGUUCUUGAAGAAGGAGAUGAACAAUAUGUCCCGUAUGAUGUAACUGGUCAAUAUGGUCAACUAUUUAUCAUCAUCGAGCAAAGGUAUAAAGAGAAUAUGGAGGCUCGUAGCCUAAACUUGCAAAAGAAGCUUAACCGAUAUGCUCCCAUAUACAUGGAACCAAAGUUAUCUGGGCUUUCAGAUGCAGACAAGGAAGCUUUGUCUUAUAUACUAAGAGCAGCAAUGGUUGUUGAUGACAUUUUCUACAUACAGGUCUGGCAUAGCAAUCCAAUGCUAAGAGAUUGGUUGAAGGAGCGUUCUAAUACUUCUAGCUUAGAUCGGCUGAAAUGGAUGUAUUACUCCAUAAAUAAGAGUCCGUGGUCAUCCCUUGAUGAGAAUGAGGCAUUUCUAACAACAGCAGAUUCUGCUGUAAAAUUGCUUGCAAAAUCUACGAAGCCUGUUUCAGGUUGGGAAGGAAUUGAAUAUAGAGCUGCUUUUCCUAUGAUGAAGCCUCCUGGUGCAAAUUUCUAUCCUCCUGACAUGGAUAAAAAGGAAUUUGAGCUGUGGAAAGGCAGCCUAAAUGCAAGUGAACAAGAAGCUGCAACAGGAUUUUUCAGUGUCAUCAGAAGGCAUGUUGAUACUCUAUCCUCUACGGUGUCUCAUUUGAUGGAUCAUAGUGGCUCUGGGCAACAUUUCAAUUUAGAUUGUUUGACUAUAGUUCCAUUCUCCCAAGAGUACAAAGCGCUUCUUGUAAAAGCAGCUGAUCUUCUUUUUCGUGCAUCAGAACUGUCUGACUCUUCUAGCUUGAAAAAGUUGCUGGAAACUAAAGGAAACGCCUUUCUGUCAAAUGACUACUAUGAAUCUGACAUAGCCUGGAUGGAGUUGGACUCCAAGCUGGAUGUGACCAUUGGUCCUUACGAGACAUAUGAAGACACACUUUUUGGGUACAAGGCAACAUUUGAGGCAUUUGUGGGAAUACGAGAUGACAUAGCAACAUCUCAAGUCAAACUUUUCGGAGAUCAUCUUCAGGACUUGGAACAAAAUCUUCCAAUGGACAGUAUGUAUAAAUCAAAAGAUGUAGUUGCAGCUCCAAUCCGUGUAAUUCAACUUGUCUACAAUGCUGGGGAUGUGAAAGGUCCCCAAACUGUUGCUUUUAAUUUGCCAAAUGAUGAGCGCAUAGUGAAUGAACGUGGAACAUCUAUGGUCUUGCUGAAGAAUGUAUCAGAGGCCAAAUUUAAGCACAUUCUACAGCCCAUAGCUGAUGUGUGCAUCAAAGAGGAUCAGAAGGAAUUUAUCGAUUUUGAGUCCUUUUAUACACACACAAUUUGCCACGAGUGCUGCCAUGGAAUUGGGCCACACACCAUUAUUCUCCCAAAUGGUGUUCAGUCAACAGUUAGAUUAGAACUUCAAGAACUUCACUCAGCCUUGGAGGAAGCGAAAGCAGAUAUUGUUGGACUUUGGGCACUGAAGUUCCUUGUCGAUCAGGAACUACUUCCAAAAAGUUUUUUGAAGUCAAUGUAUGUAUCUUUUUUGGCGGGUUGCUUCCGAUCAAUACGCUUUGGACUAGAAGAGGCACAUGGGAAAGGGCAAGCUUUGCAAUUUAAUUGGUUACACGAAAAUGGAGCCUUUCUCAUGCAUGCAAAUGGAACAUUUUCUGUUGAUUUUAUGAAGGUUGAAGGAGCUGUUGAAAACCUUAGCAGGGAGAUCCUGACAAUUCAAGCAAAAGGUGACAAACCUGCUGCUAUGUCACUUCUUCAACGCUAUGCGAAAAUGACACAACCACUUCAUAUUGCUUUAGAAAAGCUAGAAAGAGUCCAGGUACCUGUUGAUAUUGCUCCUAUUUUCAGCGUGGCAGACAAAUUCUUGGAGAAGAUUCAUUGACAUGGUGACAAGUUUGCUAAAAGGCAGGCUUCAUUCGAUAAACCGGCACGUACUGAUUUGAAAACUCAUAAGCAGGUAUGGAGGUAAAUAAUUAUAUGUUGUCAAACCUCCAUCAAAGUUUUCUUAGUUACAAAGACAAUGAUUUUGCUGUCAAAAAUCAUUCCCAAGUCUUAUGUAGGUCACUCACUUUAUUCGAACUUUGACUCGCCAACAUUCUGUAUUACAUAUAUGAAGAAUAAAAACAUACACGAAACAUACGUUUCUUGAGCUUUCA